CUGGCCACGAGGUCUGUUCCGGCAUCACAGCUCAUGAACACAAUGUGGUUUACAGGACCAGAAUUCCUUCACAAACCACCCAAGCCGGAUAUAGAUAAGUCCUUUGAGUUGGUAGAUCCUGAAAGCGAUGUGGAUGUUAGACCUCAACUGACCACCCUUGCCACUCACAUAAGUGAAGGUAAACUUACCACAGAAAGGUUCCAACGCUUCUCCACCUGGGACUCUUUGCUGAGAUCAGUUUCCUUCUUGAUCCAUCAAACGCGUGCACACAAGUCAGACUCGAGGGACGCAUGCAAAGGAUGGCAUCAAUGCAACAAACCACGAAGUCAAGAAGAGUUGGCAAAAGCAAAGCUAGUUAUACUAAAGUCUAUCCAAAAUGAAGCUUAUCCAGAGGAGUAUAUUGCAUUACAGGAGAACAGAACACUCUCAAGAGCGAGUGCAAUCCUGGAUCUUGAUCCUUUCAUGUGCGAUGGUCUCCUGCGGACUGGAGGACACAUCGAUUCUGACGUAAAAAACCCAAUCAUACUCCCAAAACAAAGUCAUGUCACAAAACUACUGGUGAGUCACUACCAUGCCAAAGUGGCACAUCAGGGCCGACAUUUCACUGAAGGAGCAGUCAGGGCCGCUGGCCUGUGGAUUGUUGCUGGCAAGAGGCUGAUCGGUUCAGUCCUGCAUCACUGCGUCACCUGCCGCAAAUUGAGAGGAAAGAUCGAGGUCCAAAAGAUGGCAGACCUUCCUCCAGAACGUCUAAGCUCAUCCCCACCAUUCACAUACGUGGGAUUGGAUGUUUUUGGUCCCUGGAAUGUGACCACGAGACGUACAAGGGGCGGAGCAGCUCACAGCAAACGGUGGGCUAUCCUCUUUACAUGCAUGAGUACCAGAGCUGUGCAUGUAGAAGUAAUAGAGUCCAUGGACUCAUCCAGCUGCAUCAAUGCCCUGCGAAGGUUUUUUGCUCUAAGAGGGCCAGCAAAGCAACUGAGGUCAGACAGAGGUACAAACUUUGUGGGAGCCAGUUGUGAACUGGGCAUGGGACAAGACGUUCCAAGUGUGUUUAAAUACCUUCAAGAGAACGGUUGCAAAUGGGAGCUUAAUCCCCCACACGCAUCUCACAUGGGUGGUGUGUGGGAACGCAUGAUCGGUGUUUCCCGCAGGAUUCUCGACUACAUGCUGCAGCAAUCCAAGCGUGCUCCCCUGACGCAUGAAGUGCUUUGUACCUUGAUGGCAGAGGUCUCAGCCAUCAUUAAUGCCAGACCGCUAGUCCCUGUUUCGUCUGAUCCAUCUUCGCCAGUACUGUUGACUCCUGCUAUGCUUCUAACUCAAAAACCGGGUCUGAUCGCUCCAGUCGGCAGUUUCGGGAAAGAGGAUCUCUUCAAGUGUCAGUGGAAACAAGUGCAGGCCCUAGCCAACGAGUUUUGGACCCGAUGGAGAAAUGAAUAUCUUCACACUCUUCAGCCGAGGCGCAAGUGGCGCACAGCAUCCAGGAACCUGCAGGUAGGAGAUAUUGUGCUGCUAAAACAGAGCCAAUCACAUCGCAACGAGUGGCCAAUGGGACAGGUCACUUCCACUUUUCCAAGCAGCGAUGGGAAGGUCCGUAAAAUUGAAGUCAGGACAACAUCACAAGGCAAAGUAAAGACUUUCUUAAGGCCCAUCUCUGAAGUUGUCUUGCUUUUGCAAAAGGACAGUCAAGAGUCAACUGAGGACAAUUAAAGCUUAAGUGGCACAUUCAAAUGCCAGACGGGGAGUGUUCUGCCUUCAAUGUUGAAAUAAUUGUUAAGACAACUUUAAGGUUUGUUUCAGUGUUUUAAUAAAUCUGUGUAGCCAUUUUAUUUUGAAAUAAACGGUAAAACAGGAAGUGAGGCAACAGGAAGUAGGAAGUUGCAGAGCAGAGAAUAACAAACGGCUUAAACGGAGCAGUGUAAAAAGAAAACACACAAUCUAACUCCAUCCAGCGUCUGAAUCCCUCAGAAAAGCAAUGGCUUUUUCACUCUGAUUCAACGUUGCCAUGUUUGUACAAAAUAAAAGGAGCAAGUACGCUCACGUUCCUGGCUCUUGAAAAGGAGUUUGGCUUGCUGUUAAUUCAUGUUUGUCAGGACAAUGACAGAGGGCGACCCAAUAGCAGACGCAGACACAGAUCCACCCACCUCGUCACCUGAUUUCCUGCACCUGGUUCUCCUCACCUGUGGUGCCUCCCCUCGCCAGCCACUCAGUAUUUAAGACCGUCACAUUCUGUUGCUUGCUGCCAGAUUGUCUUGUGUGUCCAACCAAGUUUUCCAGCGUGUCCCUAGUUAUCCUGUCUACCUCGAUCCUGACCUUGUCUGUUACUUGACCCUGACUUACCUGCCUGCCCCGUUUCGGAUUUGUCUGCCUGUCUCUUUGCCAUCCUGGUUCUGAACCUGCCUGUCCUCGCUUGCGGAUUACGUGCCAGCCCCUCUGGAAUUGUUUACCUCCCAACGGAUCUCCUGGUUUUGGACCCUGCCUGAACUUUCAUUAAAACCCCCCUGUCUUGUCCACCGCGUCAGAGUUGUGCGUUUGGGUUCUCCUGUACUCCGGUACCAGUAACCGUGACACAACUUGUCAAUCACAGUAAGCCCGCCUAAAAGCAUACUCCACUCUAUGGUCUGUUUUACUCUAAAUGGACCAUCAUUUACAGAUGGACAUCAUGCUGCAUUGAAGAGGACCCUCCCAUAAAUGCACGCUUACUGAGUGAAUGGUUUAACAGACACUUCUGUUCUUUUUAUCAAAGCUGUCUAUACAAUCUGACAUAGGAUUCUCUCAUUAUCAGAGAGAAUAAAAGUCUCCAGACACAGGCACUGAUCUCUGGAUCUCUGGCCGGAAAGCUGAAGGCAGUUAAUGUAUCAAUAGCAAAGGGCAUUUAGGCAGAUGGAGAAAGAGGGACGCGUCGUCCAUCUCUGUAUGGAAACUAUGGCAUGGCACGAUAUUGUGUGAUUAUGUGUGUCACAUUCGGGGUGGUAGGAAGAGGCCCGGCACAAACGCAGACUUCCAAAAAAGAGACUUGAAUCAACCGCCAACAGGGAUCCAGAACUUCCAAACAGGAUGACACACAAAGGACAUUUAAUGAUGCGACCAGGGACAAAAGACACACAGGGAAGGCAUGCCAAGGCAGGAAGUAAAGCUAACCCAGGGACACAAGAGGCAGGAAACUACAAAAUAAGACAGGAAACAAACCCAAACCGUGACAACGUGGGUAUUUCUUUGACAUGCUACAUUUGAUGUAACAAAGUCAAUGGUUGGUUCCAUUGGGCUCCCGUCUACGCUAACUUCAUGAUCAAAGUGAUUGAUGCAUGUAGUACACAGAAAUCAUCAUUAUCAGCUACAUUGUCACUUUUUUGUAUUAGUGCUUCUGAGCACAAUAUAACGUGUUUAUCAACCUGUCCACUUGUAGAGAAGCUGACUAAGUUGACUACGCCGCUACCGAGAUAACCUUCUCUACGUAUCGAUCAUGAUUGAUUUCUUGAUUCUUUGUCGUCAGGUCGAUCCUGCAAAUCUGGCAAUAAAGCACAAUGUUCAUUUUCUAUCAUCAAACUAUGAAAUAAGUUGUGUCAUGAAUAACACCCUCGAAUCGACGUAGUAGUUACUGGAGGCUAAUAUCCAUAUAUAGCAUGUGUGAAAAGCAAAGAGGGGUGUGUUGUGAAUCAAUUAAAAUAGAAGAAAUAAUGAAUCCAACAUUCUGUCAGACAAUGAGCCCUGCUCGGGCAGCAGGAGUCUUAAAUAUGAUUAAAGGAGGCUGUGGAAUAUUAUGAUGUUGUCGCUGCACAGUAGUUGCAUCCAGGGGCGGAUGGUGUAUAGGGGCGAUUUGGGCAACGCCCCACCAACUGGGAGAAAUAGGGGGGGGGGUUCAAUAAAUUCUAUCACAGCAAAAGGAGUUUUCAGUGUUCUAGACAUAUUAUCUGUCAUUUUCCAAUCAGAUUCAGGUCACGUUUCAAAUGGUCGUGCGUGGCGAACGUGAACUGAACGUACUGUAUUAAUGCUCAAUGAACGUUACUGUGAACUCAGGUUAACAUUGUUCAAUAGGGUACCAGAUUUCUAUAGAAAACACACCGUAAACACGCCUUAAUAAGUAGCUUGCGUCAUCAAAAAAAAAAAUGCAUGGAGGCGACAGCUGCGUUUAGCAAAGAGGCGGCGUAUAAUAAUUUAAAUGAGUUUUAUGAAGUUACUGACAAGGUCGAUGAGGAUGGGAGGAAUCUGACAUUUCUUUGCAAACAUUUGGGGUGGUAGGAAGAGAUGUCGGGCAUGGAAUCCUCUGCAGCGUAUAUUAAUGAUAACUGUCGUGUUUUUAUUUCUUAUUUUAAAAAGACCAUUCAAGCAGCAUGUGUUUGAGAAUGUACUGUAGGGGUAAACGCUGCUGCUGAUGCUAGUGUGGAGUGAAUGGACAGUAACAUUUAAGCAACAAUGGGGAAAUGCUGUCCCCUCAAUGCUAAUGUAAACCCUGGUUGGAUAAGGAUUCAAAAUUGGAUAUGUUAUUAUAUAUAAAAUCUGAUGCAUAGCUUCAGUGUUAAAACUGAGGCCUGUGGCAAUAAUUUUGAAAAAUAAUAGCUUGCAGCAACAUAUGGAAAAAAAGAA